AUGAAUUUAACAAACGAAACAUACUCUCAAAACAUCUCGAUGUUCCAAUGCGGUCCAGAGUUGGACCACUUUCAUCAGGAGUAUGUGAAAAUGCACGGAUGGUUAAGUUUGCUAGUUUGCAUCUUCGGUUCAAUUGCCAAUACCUUGAAUAUAAUGGUCUUAACACGUCGUGAAAUGAUUUCUCCGACAAAUUACAUUCUAACUGGAUUGGCUGUAGCUGACUUGCUAGUAAUGUUGGAGUACAUCCCCUACGCAAGUCACAUGUACUUGUACCACAGGCCUAGAAAAGACAUGUACACAUACGGUUGGGCUGUAUUUGUGCUAGUUCAUUCUAUUUUCACCCAAAUAUUCCACACAAUAUCCAUCGGGCUGACAGUAACAUUGGCAAUUUGGAGAUUCAUUGCAGUAGCUUACCCUCGGAGAAAUAAUGAAUGGUGUAGCAUUAAAAGAACAGUAUUAACUAUAUUAGGAACUUAUUUAAUUUGCCCGUUAAUUUGUCUCCCGGUUUAUUUUACUACAAAAGUCCGAUCCACCCAAGAGUUGUUCGAUCCAAAUGAUAAUUUAACUAAUUCAAGUUUGUACAAUUCGACUGAAUUAAAAGUUAAUCAGACUUUGUGGUUCGUUGACUUGAGUGACACAAUGAAGGCCAAUAGUCUGCUUAAUUUACUUAAUUUUUGCAUGUACAGUGUUGUGAUCAAACUUAUACCUUGUAUCGCUCUGACCAUUUUGAGUCUUCGGCUGAUCAAGGCGCUUAUGGAUACAAAAAAAAGAAGAAAGCUCCUGAUAAACGCGACUUUAGUGAGAAAAACUGACGACAAAGUGCGCGAUAGCUCGUGUGACGUUAAAAAAAGUAAAAAAAAAUCAGCUAAAGCUAUAGACAAACAAAGACAAACUGACAGAACUACCAAGAUGCUAUUAGCUGUAUUACUUCUCUUUUUACUUACGGAGUUUCCACAGGGAGUACUUGGCUUACUUAGCGUUAUAUUGGGUUCUGGUUUUUUUCGUACAUGUUAUGUUAAGCUCGAGGGAAUGUUAUAUUAA